AUGGGUGCAUACAAGUAUCUUGAGGAACUCUACAAGAAGAAGCAAUCGGAUGUUUUCCGUUUCUUGCUUCGCGUGAGAUGCUGGGAAUUCAGACAGAUGAAUGUCAUUCAUCGUGCGUCUCGUCCUUCCCGCCCUGACAAGGCUCGUCGUUUGGGUUACAAGGCCAAGCAGGGUUAUGUCAUUUACCGUAUCCGUGUCCGUCGUGGUGGCCGCAAGAGACCCGUCCACAAGGGUGCCACCUAUGGCAAGCCCGUCAACGAGGGUGUGAACCAGCUCAAAUACCAGCGUUCGCUCCGCUCCACCGCCGAAGAACGUGUCGGUCGCAAGUGUGCUAACCUUCGUGUUUUGAACUCUUACUGGAUCAACCAGGAUGCUACUUACAAGUACUUUGAAGUCAUCCUCGUCGAUCCCUCCCACAAGGCCAUCCGUCGUGAUCCCCGCAUCAACUGGAUC